GAAGGAAAGAAACAGAGCUCUCCACAGAUUUCAGUUAUUUUCCCUCCAAAGACUAAGGAAAAUUUUAAACUGAGGCGACGUCGUUUUUCAAGUUUCGAUGGAGUCGACGGCGAAGCCAGCGGGAGGACGGAGAGGAGAGAGGAAGAAGGCGGUUUCUAAGUCGCUGAAAGCGGGGCUCCAGUUUCCCGUUGGUAGGAUCGCCCGGUUCCUCAAGAAAGGUCGUUAUGCGCAGCGUUACGGUGCCGGUGCUCCCAUCUAUCUCGCCGCCGUUCUCGAGUACCUUGCCGCUGAGGUGUUGGAACUGGCGGGGAAUGCGGCUCGUGACAACAAGAAAAACAGGAUCAACCCAAGACAUUUGCUGUUAGCCGUGAGAAACGAUGAGGAGUUAGGCAAGCUUCUUCAAGGAGUAACCAUCGCCAGCGGCGGAGUCCUUCCUAAUAUCAACCCGGUGUUGUUGCCCAAGAAAACUUCGGCUUCAUCUGAGUCAGACAAAGUUUCCAAGCCCAAAUCUCCCAAAAAAGCUUAGACAGUUAAGAUUCUAUAGUAGUAUUAGGCAAAUUUGUAUGAAAAAAAUAUGUUUUAACUCCUUUUUACUUUUAGUGUUCUCUUAGGAACUCAGGGAUCUCUUCCUUUUUUUUUUUGUAUCCUUUUAGUGCAUAAAAUUUGACUCAAGAGAUAAUGGAUAUGUGCUUGUUUCCCCA